AUGGAUUCCUCGACCACCAUCAGGGUGCACAACUCCCUCGAGCCUGGCGCCACAGCCGCCUUCGAGCCCAUCGCGAAGGGUAACGUGUCCUGGUACGCUUGUGGACCGACCGUCUACGACCAGAGCCACCUGGGCCAUGCCAGGAAUUAUGUGUCGACCGAUGUCAUCCGGCGCAUCUUUAUGCACUACUUUGGCUACAAGGUCAACUUUGUCAUGAACAUUACAGACAUCGACGACAAGAUCAUCAUCAGGGCGAGGAGAAACAGGCUGCUCGAGCUGGAGAAGAAGAAGAAAUACGAUGCGGCAGGGCUCAAGUCUUUGGGCUCCUCGGCCUUCCAGGCGUACGCCCAAGGCAACCUGCCGCUGCUUGUCGCCGAAGUCGGACUCGACGAGACCAACUAUGAGAAGCGACGAGAUGCCUCGUACGGGGGCGUCUUGGCCGGCCGCGCGCUAUUGGGCGACGGCAAACCUGGCGAUGCCGAGGCCAAGAUCAAGAUGCACCUGAGCAACAUGGAUGCGGCAGCGAGGGGACUACGGGACGACGCGGUGUUUGGUCCGGCCGACGAGAUCCUCCUACCGUACCUUGACUCGCUGUACAAGGAGACGAUCGACACAAGCGACCAGAGCAUGUUCACGGACCUGACGAAGCACAUGGAGGGCGAGUUCUUUGAUGACAUGGACGCGCUGAACAACCUGAGGCCGGAUCAGAUCACGAGGGUGACGGAAUACGUGCCGCAGAUUGUCGACUUCGUCAACCAAAUCGUGAAAAAGGGGUUCGCGUACGAGGCCGAGGGAUCUGUGUACUUCGACAUUGACGCGUUUGAAAAGGCCGAAAACAAGUACGCGCGGUUGCGACCUGACUGCCGUGGCGACAAGGCGCUGCAGGAGGAGGGUGAAGGCUCCCUCUCCAAGGGCUCGGGCGGCAAAAGGAGCCCCGGCGACUUUGCCCUGUGGAAGAAGUCCAAGCCUGGCGAGCCCUACUGGGACAGUCCUUGGGGUGCCGGCCGCCCAGGCUGGCACAUUGAGUGCUCCGUCAUGGCGUCGGACCGUCUGGGCGCCCAGAUGGACAUCCACUCGGGCGGUAUCGACCUUGCUUUCCCGCACCACGACAACGAGCUUGCCCAGAGCGAGGCUUACUUUUGCGAAAAGGGCCACGGUCAGCACACGUGGGUCAGGUACUUCCUGCACAUGGGCCACCUCUCCAUUGCAGGUUCCAAGAUGUCCAAGUCGCUCAAAAACUUCCAGACCAUCAAGGACGCGCUUGCAACCACGUAUACAGCCAGGAACAUGAGGAUAGUCUUCAUGAUGGGCCGCUGGAACGAGGGCGUCGAAAUAUCUCCUGAGCUGCGCGUGCAAGCGGACAGUUGGGAGAAUACCAUCAACCAAUUCUUUACAAACGCCAAGUCAUGGCUACACGAGGCUGGGGCUUCGUCCUCGGCAGCAGCAAUCGCCAAGGGCUUGGAGUCUUUGUCCACCUCUGAUGGCGCGCCGAAGGAGGGACUCGCUGCCGACCUCGAGCAGGCACAGAAGGAUACCCACUCUAGUCUGGCCAACUCUUUCGACACCAGCUCGACUCUCCGCGCCAUAACCGACCUGAUAAACAAGAUCAAUAUCCACAAGCAAACGCUGAAGGCGGAUGCAGACCACAUGGCCAUUGAGAGGUCCGCUAGAUGGAUUACCAGAAUGGUCGGAAUCCUGGGCCUGGAUGCCAAUGCAAAGCCACCCUAUGACGGCAUUGGUUGGGUUCCAGAGCCUGGCAGCGCGCUGGACCUGGCCGCUGCACGUCAAGUGUACGAGUCUGUGCGGGACGAGAUCAAAUCGUCGCCGUUUGGGGACUCGGUCCUGGCCCUCCUCGAGUCACAGGAUCCAGCGUCGGCUGUGGACAAGAUGCGGGACUCGGGCGUGACAGACGCGGAACAAGUGGCGUACCCCUAUGUGGACGCGGUGGCCAAGCUACGGGACGGGCUGCGCAAGGUGGUGUCGUCUGCGGGCGAGAACAAGAAGGUGAUCCUGGAUCUAAGCGACCGCAUCCGCGACCACGACUUGACAAAUCUGGGCGUGUACCUGGACGACCGGUCAGACGGGCAGCCGGCGCUGAUCAAAUUUGUGCCGGCGGCAAAGCUGAUCGCAGCCCGCGAGGAGAAGGCGGCACAGCAGGCGGCCAAGGCGGCGGCCAAGGAGGAGGCCAGGCGCGAGAAGGAGCGGCUGGAGCAGGAACGGCUCGCAAAGGCGGCGGUGAGGCCGCAGGACAUGUAUAGAUGCGACGAAAAGUACGGAGAAUUUGACGCCGACGGCGUGCCGACCAAGAUGAAGGACGGUAGCGAGGUGACCAAGUCGGCGCUGAAGAAACUACGCAAGGACUGGGAAAAGCAGAAGAAGGCCAACGACGACUAUGUCAAAAAGCAGGGCGGAGCUGCUUGA